GGUCCUCGGAUGCCCCCAUCCCCACCCCCACCUCCCCCAUCCCGCGUCUCGACGGACCAAACGCUGCUGCAGCCGCAUCACCGGCAGCCUCCAAACUGCGUUUUCCCUGCCGUGAUGGAUAAACCGGUGAGCUGCUAUCAGAAGACCGCUGUACUGUGAGGAGGACCGACGAACAAUGACUGCGGCGGAACCGUGUCAUACAGCCAAGGGAUAAAAAAGGCAGUUAUAUUUCUAGUGAUGUUAUAGGACCGUGUUGUUUGCCUUCCCGACAGAUAAACCCUCGGGUGACUGUGAUAUUACGGCCGAGAUGAAGAGCUGGAUAACUAUUCCUGUGUGACCGGCAACGAACCGCUGCUGUUCACAAUAACAUGAAAAAGGAUGAGCUCCUCAGGUCUGUAAGCCCCUGCUGAUUGGAGACAUGUUUUAAGGGCGACAUCCCGGCCACCAUGAAAGGGUUAGGAGCCAACCGCAAUCGUCACCUGUCCGACUCAUGUGAAUCAGCGGGAUGCCCACAGAAGCCUCUCUGUCCUUUGGCCUCCGACCCUCAUGGCUCUUUUCUACUGAGCCCCACUAUAAACCACUAUGGCACUUUGGACCCCCAUCUCCACCAGUGCCCCCCCACCAGCUCCACCACCCUGACCCCAGACUGCCUGCUGCCUUUCAGCCAAAUGUCCAGCAGUAGCACCUUCCCUCGUCUGCACUUCACCUCCCAGACUGACCAGGUUGACUGCCCCCAGGGCUGUAUGGCUGGGGGUGGUGGAGUUGGGCAGGGCAGCAGGGCAGGUACACUAUCCACCUCUUUGUCUAUGGGUAUGGGCUUGGGUCUGGGCCUUACUGGUGCUCCUAUAAUCACCAGUGGAUCAGCCACCAUCUCCUCUGCAGCAGCAGCCAAAAUGAAUCGGUUACCUUCCAACCUUUUGGAUCAGCUGGAGAGGCACCUACCCCUGCAGCGUGAUGGCUUCAGUACUCUGCAGUUCCACAGAGGACGCAUGUCGAAGCAACGCAGUGAGAGUCCAGGCCGCAUACGCCACCUGAUGCACUCUGUUCAGAAGCUAUUUGCCAAGUCCCAGUCCCUGGAAAACUCUGCAAUUAAAGGCAGCUUAAAUGGACGCUCUGCUGGAGGAAUGACUGGCACCACAGGUGCUGGUGAGGAUGGUGGUAGACCAACCCGCAGGAGCAAGAGUAAAGACAGGGCUAAAACUGAGGGGCCUAAGCAGAGACCUAGGCCUAAUACAAUAGGCCUCUGGAGCUCAGAAGAUGCCCUGGACAAUGACACUACCAAAGCUGGCACUAUAGCUGUAGGAUACCGCAACCCACUGAGCAUGAUGACUCUUGGCAGAGCGGUGUCAGACAGUCAGGCUGCUCCCCGACAUAUUUCACAGGGCUACAACACCAUCUCUGCACAUACUCUCAAGACUUUGAAAAGCAGCAGUGACCUCAAGUUCCUGGCAUGCCCAGCUGCACAGGUAGGAUCCAAGGAAGAGGAAGGAAGAACUAAGGAAAGCAAGGAUGAUACAUUGGUGAAGAGGGGCUCCUGGUCCACUCUUACUCUUAGCCAAGCCAGACAAGUGUUGCAGAAGGGCUCUGCUACAGUCAACAGGACCCUGCUUAAAUCAAAGUCAUGCCACCAAGACCUGGCACAGCAGUUCCUUCAGGUCCCAGUGGGGGACUGGGCAGGAACUCUGGGUCGUGGCCGGGCCAGAGGAACUGAGAUCCCCUGUCGAAGGAUGCGCAGUGGCAGCUAUGUGAAAGCUAUGGGAGACUUAGGAGACAGCGAAGACUCAGAGGGCAGCCCCAAGCCUUCCCCUAAAUCUGCAGCUCGUCGCCAGAGCUACCUGAAAGCCACCCAGCAGUCCCUGAGUGAGCAACAGCCAUCACCACCUUCACGCAACUCCCUGCCAUCCCUUAAAGAACUGUCGACUAAUCGAAGUCUUGACAACUUAGACUGUCUGGUGAGCCCAUUGGAGGACUCUGCACACCAUAGGAACAGUGAUUUCAGUCAGUGCUCUAGCAUACUGGGCAGAGGCUCAGGCACUCAGGUAUGCGGGCAGGGUUGGGGACACUCCUUACCGUACUGUGAGAGAGAAUCGCAGGCAGUGGAGGCUCUGGAUCUGCCUGCGCCUAGGUGCUUCCGGUCACGCAGCCACAGCUACCUGCGGGCCAUCCAGGCGGGUUGUUCCCAGGAUGAAGAUACAGCCUCUGUGGACUCAGAGUCCCCACCACCCACCACUACAGGCUACAGCGCAGAUACCACAGUCAGCAAUAGGAAGGCUCCUCCUCCUGUCCCACCCCGCACCCCCUCCAAGCCCCUCAUCUCAGUGACGCUGCAGAGUAGCACCGAGUCAGCCCAAGACACAUACCUUGACCAACAGGACCACGGCAGUGAGGCCAACAGCAGCAACUCCUCUGACAGUCUGUGUAGCAUACGCACGGGCAGCCUGGCUAAAGGGACCCAGCCUCCACUUGCUGCUGUUCUUGCUGUGAACCCUGCACCCACUGGAGGCUCUGCACCUCCUGUUCCAGCCCCUCGUGACUUCCCUCCUACCAUCACUGUCACUACUGUUACCACUUCCACAGCUACCCAGCUCCAAAAUGACAACCUUAGCAUUGGUGUCACCUUAGAGCCACCCCCAACUGCACCCAAGAGGAAACUGUCUUCCAUCGGAAUUCAGGUAGAUUGCUUUCCACCACUCUCAAGAGACGAACCCCUACCCUUGGCUACACCCCUAAAAUUUCAGUCCAUCGGAGUUCAAGUUGAAAACGGCAGGCCUCUCAGCCGGGACAGCAGCAUGGCCUCCAGACAAAAUACAGAGACUGAGCCUCAGGAGCCCAAGGAUGCCACGCCUACAGAAAACAACACAGCCAACUGCACCAACAGUCAAACAGCUCUUACCACCGCGCCCAAAAGGCAGGACAAAGCCAUGGAACAGCAGCCACUUAAACACACCUUGGUCCCAUCCAGGACAUCCAAUUCACCCCCUGAGUCUCUGGACCCGGCUUUAGACCCCUCCUCGCUACCACCACCAGACCCCAGCCUGGCGACUGGAAACUGCAGCAUUCACGGAGAUGGUGCUCAACCCAGCACGCCAGCUUGCCUCCGAGAUGGUAACUGGUUUCUGAAGCUGCUGCAGGCGGAGACAGGCCGCAUGGAGGGCUGGUGUCAGCAGAUGGAGCAGGAGACCGGAGACGACAAGCUCUCGGAGGAAGUGCUGGGGACGAUCCGCAGUGCAGUAGGCAGCGCUCAACUCCUCAUGUCCCAGAAGUUCGAGCAAUUCAGAGGGCUCUGUAAUGAGAACUUGAACGUGAACGCCAACCCACGGCCAACAGCACAGGACCUCGCAGGCUUCUGGGAUCUGCUACAACUCUCAAUAGAAGACAUCAGCAUGAAGUUUGAUGAGCUCUACCAGCUGAAAGCCAACAACUGGCAACUUCCUGAGAAACCAGAGAAGAAGGAUGAAAACAAGCAUCCUCCAUCAUCUGUGGCAAAGAAGCAUUCUAAGCCCAAGGUGUCAGCGGGGAAGGACAGGAGUGUGGACUCGGCUGUGGACAAGCAGCGGCAAGAAGCCAGAAAACGGUUGAUGGCAGCAAAGCGUGCGGCAUCAGUACGACAGAACUCCGCCACAGAAAGCACUGACAGCAUCGAAAUCUAUGUCCCUGAGGCCCAAACCCGCCUCUGAGAGCAAACCAGCACAGACCAUCAAAAUCAUGACUCACUUCAAACUUUUCACUGAUACACACAGACACAUUUGAGACGAACACACAGACGUAGAACGGAUGCACAGAGGCCGGCCCCUCAUAGCAGCACAGCUGAAGACAGGAGAAACUUGGGGAUCAUUACAGGGCACCGAAACAAUCUAGAGCAAUGCAGAUCAUCACCCUGCUGCCAUGGGACAGAAAGAACCAUGACAGAUGUUUAAUAAUAUCGUUAUUGUUGUUCCUAUUGACAUUAUGAAAUUAUUAUCUCCUUAAGUAUAUUAAGACUGUCUUAAAUGUGCAAGUAUCUUGGAUAAGGACAUCCUGUACCUUGUGAGCUGAAGAGUCUCGGUAUCCCAGAAGUUUACUCUAUUAAAACUCCCCUCACUGCUGAGUCUACGAGCUAGUCGUUGUUACCGGGUUACAAGCUGAGCUACCAUCCACACACACUCAGGACACACAUGCAGGUGUACUCACUGUCCACAGAGUCUUCCUGUUCUCUAUUUGCUGCCACUCGCUGUGUGUGGUGUGUACGCUUUAAUGUGUAUAAGACGGCGCUAAUGUACUCAGAGGUUUAAAAUGCAGAGAACCAGAGGAAGGCAGUAGCAUAUAUAUAUAUUAUAAAUAUCACACUAUUACAAUGUUCAUUUUGUAAAUGUUGUAUACCAGAUUAUUUGUUAGAAAGAGAUCAGUGUUCAGUACCAAGGUAGUUUUUUUAUAGAUCAAGUACAUGUACUGUCAUGAUAUAUUAGCAAUUGAUGCAAUCAUUCACUCCACCGCUUUCUGUUUCUCACCUUAACACAAACACACACACUCCACUUUGUGUGUUUGUGAAUAAUCACUGUUAAAGUCUUACAUUUGUUUUUGUGAAGGGAUUUGAGAAAUGAUUGGUCACCAGUGAGCUAUAGAGGAAUGUAUGAAUUGUCUGCAUUUACACUCAUGUUGACUUGAUCUCUGCACUUUCCAUUCACUUCAGAUCAAGUUUGUCCACCUUUGCCUGCUUGAUCAUUCAGACUUUCACUGCAUCCUUGUGUGAUGUAGGGGACCAAGACAUUCACCCCUCGAUUAUGGCAUUCCCAUUCAACCAGACUACGUGCGGUAGGGUGGGGGUUUACUUGCUUCUGGAAAGAAAAUGGAAUAACAUAGCAAUAAUAAUCAUAUUAGCGCAAGCAAGCAAUGCAGUAGAUACCCAGUCUUACAUUAUUUAAUUCAGCCUUUCCAGCAAGACUUUCUUAGCAUGAAGGAUGAAUGUUUAUUUUUGCUAUGAACUGACUGUCAAUGAAAUGACUAAAAUCUCAGGUUGAACACUCAAACGCAACAGUAAAAACCACUAUGGAUGGAUUAUUUAUUAUGUAACCUCAAAUGAAUUGGCCAAGUGCUCAGAGCAUUGCCAAAUAUUUUAAUGCCAGACCUUCUCUGUGUUCUUCAGGAGGUCAUGUAUCUUAGGUUUUUGAUUCACUGAAAUCAGCCGUCUCCCUCACUCCCCUUUCUAGCAGCUUGACACUCCCACCCAUUUAUUCAGAAUUUUUAAAAUUGUGGUACAUUUUUAUGUUUAAAUUUUAAUGUCAUUUGACACAUUUUGUGACUUAUUCCAAAUGAGGUCAACCUAAAUAUGUCUUGACCUCUUUAAUUAUAAUAAUAAAUGGUGCUGCGAGGGAUUUCAUAUACGCCAAGACAGUAAUGAUCAUCAGCAUUUCAGAGUCAUUAGAAAAGGCUUUUUAUUUAAAGUAGUUGUUUUAUUUAAUCUGCUCAUGAAUUUAGCUGUCUAUGUGUGUGCGUGUGUGCAUUCUCAGCACAGUCUGUGUCCAGCUCACUCCAGAUACACUAUGCCUGGUUUCUGUGUAAACUCAAGACACUUUGAUUAUGGGACUGGAAUAGUUUCUAUGUUUCAUCUUCAAAUAGAAAGAUGUGCCAAGGGUACAUGAGUGGAACAGGGCAUACAGGGCUCAAGUGGAAGUGCACUCACUAGUUUUGUAGUUUUUAGUAUGAGCUGGCUCUCCCCCUAGUGGUCGGUCCUUGUGUGACACUCCAGACAUAUUGUUCUGCUCCAUUUUGAAUCCUUAGUUAACAGCAAACAAGAAAUGAAGUUGAACUGGGAAUGCUGACACAGCAACAAGUUGUUGAUUUACUUAUUAUCUUAUUUGUAUUACAUCAACAAUGGACAUGUGCAUUUCAUUGUCCAAAGAAAUCAUUAAACACCCCUUUGCUACA